CUACGCAGAAACUGAUAUUAGAGGUAGGAAUGAAGUUCGCCUGUCAGUCAGCCCUGAACAGACGCUGAAGUCUGCUUCAAUCAAGAGCGUUUUUACCGGAUUAAUAUUUUAUUCAUCCCUCACGUCCUCCACACACACUUGUUGAACAUGGGAUUCCUUCUGACCAAGAUGAUGGCUGUGUUCGGUGACAGAGAACACAAAGUCAUCAUUGUGGGUUUGGACAAUGCAGGAAAGACAACCAUCCUCUACCAGUUUCUGACAAAGGAGGCCGUCCACACAUCGCCCACCAUUGGCAGCAAUGUUGAGGAGAUCACUGUACGAAACACACAAUUCUUAGUUUGGGACAUUGGAGGACAGGAGAACCUCAGAGCCAGCUGGUACUCAUACUUCUGCAACACUGAGAUCGUCAUUCUGGUUGUGGACAGCACUGACCGCGAACGUCUGACUCUUAACAAAGAGGAACUGCACCGAAUGCUCGCACAUGAGGAUCUACAGAGUGCAGCUGUUCUCAUUCUGGCCAACAAACAAGACGUGAAAGGCUCGAUGACGGCGGCAGAGAUCUCCCAGUGCCUCACGCUCGACUCCAUCACCACACACUCCUGGCAUGUGCAAGCCUGCUGCGCCCUGACAGGAGAGGGUCUACCAGCUAGCCUGGACUGGAUGAGGUCACGGGUUAUGGCAAACUAAGAUGCCAUCCAGUGGAUCAAACUUCCUGAAACAGAGCCGACCUCGAAGAUGCCGCACAGGCCACAGUGCCAGGAUUAUUAACAGUGUUUUGGACAGAGUCCUGUGAACAUGCCUUCUUUGAUAGAGCCUGCGGCACCACACCUACAGUGCAGUAUGUCUUACCUGCAAGGACGGGCCCCCCACCACCUUGCUGAGCCUCAGGGUGGAUAAGCAACAGAGAAACCUGGAUGAUUUUAGCUUGGUCAGCACACACCAGCCAAAGAUCUGAAUCCUGGGUCUUUUUCUUUGCAAGAACUGCCGGUGGUUUUAUUAUAUUUUAGUAAUCUAGCAAACUAUUUCUCACUUGUGGUCAUGAGGAAGUGUUCAUGUGCAAUUACUGCAAGUUUACUUAAGAGGCACAGGUUGGAGGUGCACCAUUUUAACUCAAGAUAUUCUACCUGACCAGUAAUGUCACAUUCCCUGUGUGUUUCUUUCAUUUCACUGGGGUUAAUCAAGUGACAACAAUACCUUGCUUUACUGAAGUGUAUAAGAUAAGUCUGCACCUGAUGAAUGAAACUGUACUUAAUGCCAGAGAACAACGGGACUGUUUUGUUUGUUAAACUUAAAGAUGUUUAGUAAUUUAUUUUAGAAAAAAACAGAGCUCUUGAGUGUAUAUUACAGCAAUUUUCUGAACAGGAAAUUAGCUAGCUGCUAAUGAUUAUCAUGUCAUAUUUAAAAUGUACAUAUUGUUUUGUGUAAAUUUUUUAAAUAAAUAUAUUAUUGCAAAAUA